UAAAGUUUUGUUCCUUAUCUUGGCUCCGUCUCUCCCUCUCUCUCUCCUCUCUCCUCUCUCCUCUCUCAUGAAUAAUGUUUAUUCAUGUCUGUCAGACUUAUAUAGGACAAUUCCGAGGUGUAAAACCGGGUUUAGUUCUGUUUAUUAAUUUUCUUCCAUAGCCGCCACUUGUGCUUCCCUUGUUCUUUCAGCUGUUACUCUCUUCUUUUGCACUACCCAGAUCCCAAGAUAUUACCUUUCCUUGAUUCCCAGCAGAAAGUUUUGUUCUUUUGUCUUAUCUUUUGUGUCCAUACGUUUGCGUUUUGUGGGAAUUGGAUAAUCGGAAUUUUGUGUGAGAGCUCCAUGUUCUUGGAUUCCUAGCCAGCUGGCUCCUUGCAAUUUUUUGUCCGAUUGGGUGUUCGGAGAAAUUGAAGCCACAGUACACAACUUUAUCUGAUCCAAGGCAACUCCUCUUUUACGUUGAUCUUUUUUGUUCUCACUGUCAGAAAUUGAACUUGCCUUUUUCUGCAGAAAUUUAAUGCCUCAUCAAUUCAUUGUAGCCCAAUUUGGUGAAUUGGGCUUACAGCUUUGAUUGAUUGAUUGUUUGCUGGGAAUAUUUCAGAGAAUUUUUCCUUAAAAAAAAAAAAAAAAAACUUUCCUUUUCUCAAGUGUUUUGGAACUGUGAAACCAGAAAUCAUUUGGGUGUUAAGUUCCAGGACACAAAACUGCAAUUGGACUGCACUGUUUAGUUAAAUGGCUGCUAUCACUGCGUUGUUCUUGGUGCUAUUACUGCAAUUGUCAACAGUUUUUGGCUCUGCAGUUUUCUUUCAGUCAAAGGGUUGUGGCACUAAUUGGGUAGCCUAUUCAUAUUCUAGUCGUGGUCAGGACCUAUUCUACAUAAAUGGGAAUGUAGUAAAUAAAGUUGCUUUCUGUAAGGCCCUCCAAUUGUAUAUUGCAAACGGUUGCGAUGUGAAGGACUACUUUGGAAGUAACAACUGUGCGUUGGAUGUCUCUAGUGUGAAUUUACCUUCAAAGGCAGGGAGGAAACUUCUGCAGAAGGAUUUAAGCAAUAAAUCUACAUCACAAGGAGUUUCUCAGCCUCUGUCAAGCGACAAAGUUGGUAUUUUUGCAGGUGGGGCUUUGUUGGUAUGUUGUGUUGUUCUUUGUCCUUGUAUGUAUGGGAAGAGACGAAAAGCAACUGCUCAUGCUGUUCUGUCCAAGGACCCAAUUUCAAUGGAUUCAACUUCCUCCUUUGAAGGAAACUCCGUUUCUGAAAAGGUCCCAGCUAGUCCACUUCGGGUGCCACCUAGUCCAUCAAGAUUCUCAACGUCUCCAAAACUUAGUAGACUUCAAUCAUUACAUCUCAACUUGAGCCAGGUUACAAGAGCUACCCGUAAUUUCUCAGAAACAUUGCAAAUAGGCGAAGGAGGUUUUGGAACCGUUUACAAAGCCAAGUUAGAAGAUGGCCUAGUUGUGGCUGUGAAACGCGCAAAAAGAGAACAUUUUGAGAGUUUGAGAACAGAAUUCAGCAGUGAAAUUGAACUUCUGGCCAAAAUUGAUCAUCGAAACCUGGUGAAGCUACUAGGUUAUAUUGACAAAGGAAAUGAACGCCUACUUAUUACAGAGUAUGUGCCAAAUGGUACUCUUCGAGAACAUUUGGAUGGUCUGCGUGGAAAAAUCCUGGACUUCAAUCAGCGCCUCGAAAUUGCAAUUGAUGUUGCUCAUGGCUUGACCUAUCUGCAUCUGUAUGCAGAAAAGCAAAUUAUCCAUCGAGAUGUGAAGUCAUCCAACAUUCUUCUGACAGAAAGCAUGAGAGCCAAAGUUGCUGAUUUUGGAUUUGCAAGGCAGGGUCCAGUGAACACUGAUCAAACACACAUUUCUACAAAAGUGAAGGGAACAGUUGGUUAUUUGGACCCUGAGUAUAUGAAAACAUACCAACUCACUCCCAAAAGUGAUGUUUACUCAUUUGGAAUUUUGCUCUUAGAAAUUGUGACAGGUCGCCGUCCUGUGGAGUUGAAGAAAACUGUUGAAGAGCGAGUUACACUAAGAUGGGCCUUCAGGAAGUAUAAUGAAGGAAGUGUGGUGGAACUGGUGGAUCCUUCAAUGGAAGAAGCUGUAAAUGCAGAUGUGCUCAUGAAGAUGUUUGAUUUGGCAUUUCAGUGUGCAGCACCCAUUCGAUCAGAUAGACCUGACAUGAAAUCAGUGGGUGAGCAAUUGUGGGCAAUAAGGGCUGAUUACCUCAAGAGUGCAAAGAGAGAAUAAUUACUCAAACUUGAUGAUAUUGUGAAGUCGGUGUUUUCUUUUUCUUUUUCUUUUUUUUAAAAAAAAUCUUUCCUUCUUUCUUUAUCCUACCUGAACUGAACGUGUUUUAGGUAUUGUGAAUUGAAGUUUACUUUCAUUUGGGUGGUCUUCUAGAUGACAUUGGAAUAUUUUCUUUGUAGAGUUGACAACGAAUUUCGUAAAAUAUGAAUUUGUUAAUGAAUCACUCCCAAGAUGGAGCAAUAGAUAAUGAGGGGUUGGUGAUUGCCUGAAUGGUCAGUCAGAACAAAUGCUUUUGGACGAUUGAUCAUUAACUCCUGAAAAAUGGCUACAAAGUUUGUUAAUGCCAAAACU